AGUGGCGGUGGAGCAGCGACUGGCUGCGGGAGCCGGAGCAGAGGUGGCGCGAGCCGCGCGGGGAAGCAGCGGUGGCCGCGGCAGGCACCUGUGCGGAGCAGGAGGAGCAGGGCUAGGGUGGGUGGCAGCUGCCGCUCUGAGCCGCGGAAGGAGCAGGUAUCUCCCAACUGGGAUCCUGCUGUUCCUGUCAACCUCCGGCUGCCUGGCAGGAAGGUAGUGCCGAGCUGGGGACACUGGUGUGGGCAAACAUGUGCAGCAACAACUAGAGGCCUCGGGACAGGUUAACGUGUGGUUCCAGAGUAGAGAGGAGAAGCAAGGGGUGCCCUGGACCAUGGCAGCCUCCCGCCUGGACUUCGGGGAGGUGGAAACUUUCCUGGAUAGGCACCCAGAGUUGUUUGAAGAUUACUUGAUGCGAAAAGGAAAACAGGAACUGGUGGACAAGUGGCUACAAAGGCACACUUCUGGACAGGGGGCUUCAAGCCUGAGGCCUGCCCUGGCUGGCGCUAGCAGCUUGGCUCAGAGCAAUGCUAAAGGCAGCCCUGGCAUAGGUGGUGGUGCUGGACCCCAGGGCUCUGCCCACAGCCAUCCCACGCCCGGUGGUGGGGAAAGUGCUGGGGUUCCCUUGAGUCCCAGUUGGGCCAGUGGCAGCCGGGGUGAUGGCAGCCUGCAGCGGAGAGCUUCGCAGAAAGAGCUGAGGAAGAGCUUUGCCCGCUCCAAAGCCAUCCAUGUGAACAGGACCUACGAUGAACAGGUGACCUCCCGGGCCCAGGAGCCCCUGAGCAGUGUCCGGAGGAGAGCCCUGCUCAGAAAGGCCAGCUCUCUGCCCCCCACCACAGCUCACAUUCUAAGUGCCCUGCUGGAAUCGAGGGUGAAUCUGCCUCAGUAUCCCCCUACGGCCAUCGACUACAAAUGCCACCUCAAAAAGCAUAACGAGCGCCAGUUUUUCCUGGAACUGGUCAAGGACAUCUCCAAUGACCUUGACCUCACCAGCCUAAGCUACAAGAUCCUCAUCUUUGUCUGUCUCAUGGUGGACGCUGACCGUUGCUCUCUCUUCUUAGUGGAAGGGGCAGCUGCUGGCAAGAAGACGUUGGUCUCCAAGUUUUUUGAUGUGCACGCAGGAACCCCACUGCUCCCCUGCAGUAGCACAGAGAACUCAAAUGAGGUGCAAGUCCCCUGGGGCAAAGGUAUCAUUGGCUAUGUCGGGGAACACGGAGAAACUGUUAACAUCCCGGAUGCCUACCAGGACCGAAGAUUCAAUGAUGAAAUUGACAAGCUGACUGGAUACAAGACAAAAUCACUAUUGUGCAUGCCCAUUCGGAACAGCGACGGGGAGAUUAUCGGUGUGGCCCAGGCGAUAAAUAAGGUCCCUGAGGGUGCUCCAUUUACAGAAGAUGACGAAAAAGUUAUGCAAAUGUAUCUUCCGUUCUGUGGAAUCGCCAUAUCUAAUGCUCAGCUCUUCGCUGCCUCAAGGAAAGAAUACGAAAGAAGCAGGGCCCUGCUGGAGGUGGUCAAUGACCUCUUUGAAGAACAGACUGAUCUGGAAAAGAUUGUCAAGAAAAUAAUGCAUCGGGCCCAAACUCUGCUGAAAUGUGAACGCUGUUCCGUCUUACUUCUAGAAGACAUUGAGUCCCCAGUGGUGAAGUUUACCAAAUCCUUUGAACUGAUGUCCCCAAAGUGCAGCGCUGAUGCUGAGAACAGUUUCAAAGAGAGUGUGGAGAAAUCGUCUUACUCUGACUGGCUGAUAAACAACAGCAUCGCUGAGCUGGUUGCUUCGACAGGCCUUCCUGUGAAUGUCAGCGAUGCCUACCAGGACCCACGCUUUGACGCUGAGGCUGACCAGAUAUCUGGUUUUCAUAUAAGAUCUGUUCUCUGUGUCCCCAUUUGGAACAGCAACCACCAAAUAAUUGGGGUGGCUCAAGUGUUGAACAGACUCGACGGAAAACCUUUUGAUGAUGCAGACCAAAGGCUUUUUGAGGCCUUUGUCAUCUUUUGUGGCCUUGGUAUUAACAACACAAUUAUGUACGAUCAAGUGAAGAAGUCCUGGGCCAAGCAGUCUGUGGCCCUUGAUGUGCUGUCGUACCACGCCACGUGUUCCAAGGCUGAAGUCGACAAGUUUAAGGCAGCCAACAUCCCUCUGGUGUCGGAACUGGCCAUCGAUGACAUCCAUUUCGAUGACUUUUCCCUUGAUGUUGAUGCCAUGAUCACAGCCGCUCUACGGAUGUUCAUGGAGCUGGGGAUGGUACAGAAAUUUAAAAUCGACUAUGAGACCCUGUGCAGGUGGCUUCUGACGGUAAGGAAAAACUAUCGGAUGGUUCUCUACCACAACUGGAGACAUGCCUUCAACGUGUGCCAACUGAUGUUUGCCAUGCUAACUACUGCUGGGUUCCAAGAGAUUCUGACCGAGGUGGAAAUUUUAGCGGUGAUUGUGGGAUGCCUGUGUCAUGACCUCGACCACAGGGGAACCAACAAUGCCUUCCAAGCUAAGAGUGACUCUGCACUGGCCCAGCUCUACGGGACCUCGGCGACCUUGGAGCAUCACCAUUUUAACCAUGCUGUGAUGAUCCUUCAGAGUGAGGGUCACAACAUCUUUGCUAAUUUGUCCUCCAAGGAAUACAGUGACCUCAUGCAGCUCCUGAAGCAGUCAAUAUUAGCCACAGACCUCACGCUCUACUUUGAGAGAAGAACUGAGUUCUUCGAGCUUGUCAGGAAAGGAGACUACGAUUGGAGCAUCACAAGCCACCGAGAUGUGUUCCGAUCAAUGUUAAUGACAGCCUGUGACCUUGGAGCCGUGACCAAACCGUGGGAGAUCUCCAGACAGGUGGCUGAACUUGUAACCAGCGAGUUCUUUGAACAAGGAGAUCGGGAGAGGUCGGAACUCAAGCUCACUCCCUCUGCUAUUUUUGACCGGAACCGGAAAGAUGAACUGCCUCGGUUGCAGCUGGAGUGGAUUGAUAGCAUCUGCAUGCCUUUGUAUCAGGCCUUGGUGAAGGUCAAUGCAAAACUGAAACCAAUGCUGGAUUCAGUGGCUGCCAACCGAAGGAAGUGGGAAGAGUUGCACCAAAAAAGACUACAGGUCUCGGCUGCCUCCCCAGACCCUGCCAGUCCCAUGGUGGCCGGGGAAGACAGACUGUAAACCACCCAGAGCCGCUGCGCCACCCUGUGGUCGGGAGGGUCCUCCGCAUCCUGAACUACUUGCUUUGGUUGAACCGCAACAUCCUAUUGGUUCAGCUCGGAUAGUCAGUCCCAAAGCUUUGAUUGUAUCAGGAAGCACCCAAGAAAGUGUCGUUGGCAGCAGAGGCACGAAAGAUGGAGUGGGACAGAGAAUAUGACCCUCAACUUUCCAUCCUGAACCCAUACUGCUGGAUUUGGAUCCAUGGACCUGAGGGCCAUCAGCCCCACUCCUGCUGAGCUGAGAGGACACCGUGGUAAAAGUGUCACUAUGGCUGCUUCCUGUAUGGUACUUUUCUGUUAUGAGCCCUUCCUUUCCUUGCAGCCUCUCCUGGAGCAGGCUUUCUCACCAGAUGGUCCCGAGAAUGCAGAUUUGCGUUUUAGAUGUUUUACUUCUAAUCCUACUGCUUCUUAGUGAUGCACCAGGCCCUUGAUUCUCAUUGCCUAGUGGAUAAACCUACGUGACUUAAUAGUGCCAGGUAACCCCAGUCUUGAUUCCCACAGUAGUAGUAUAGUAGGGUGUGUUUGUCUAAUUGAUGUUACACAGAGUCUGUAACUCUGCAGUGAGAUAGAUCAUGGUUCACUUUUUGAAUUCAGCCUUUUGUAAGCAAAGCCUUUUUCUAGGAGGAACAGAUUAAUAAUUUUAUUAAAGCAAAGGUGAAAGGGGAUCUAAGGCCACAUGUACCACGAAUGACAUGUAUAAAUACCGGAACUGCUUCCAACAGUGAGAAAUAGUUCUCAGGUGCAGAGGCACCCAGUGACCAAGCAUGGAAUAGUUUGAAGUGAAGGGGAUGAAGGUUUGAGGAUACAAUUUAAGGAACCACGAUUUUACAUUUUCCCUUACAUGUAAAAAAGAAUAUUCUAGAAAGGCCAGGAAGUAACAUCUGUACAACCUAUUUCCACUAGGUCUAUAGCAUGUGAAAACAAGCAGUUUUAAAUAGAUGCGGUCACUAGAACACUGCUUUGAUGCCCAGUUCACCUGAGACACUAAAGACAGGAUCUCUCUUACCCAAAGAACACUGGGCUUGCUGCCUCUCGCUUUGCAUCAUUAGCUGAGUGAGUUCUGACUAGACUUCUCUGUUUCCCAAAGUGCCAAGUGAGAUUACACUAGGGAUUUAUUUGCAGGAAUCCUAGCACUGAAAUCCUUUGUCCAAAUAAACUUUUAAGGAUUCCCUAGGGCAAAAGAGAGCUGGAAUCUGAAAACUUCUGUGUGAAGCAGGUCUUGGGCAUCCAGAGCCCAGACAAGCAUCUCUUUGUUCACGUACAUGGUGCUCCACAGAGAGAUUCAGAGAGCCGGGAAGUCCCUGGCGGUGUAAAACCUGAGAGUCAACCCAGCUCUGAACAAUCUAAAACUUAAGGAAACUUUUCUCCUCAACUUACAAAACAUUUUUUUCCUUAGUUUAAUGGAUCAGUAUCGGUUUUUAACUUUACUCAAAUCCAAAAGAAACAGGGGUAUAGUUUCACAGGGUCGUUGCCUUCUGGGUAUUAAGGAGAUAUUUGAAGGUAUAUGGGGUGGGGGUGGGGGAUAGUUAAAUGAAGAUAACAAGACAGGAAAGGAGUGAGCUGAAAAUCAUCCAAGGAAGGCAGCUGUGUUAUAGCAAGAAACAUUAUAAACCAUGCAAAAGGUGGGGCUAGAAAAAGAGAAUAGAGAGAAGACUACAGGAGAAUUAGGGGCAGAGGCAGAUGGUUAAGACAAACCGGCUAAGGAGUGGUGAAAGUCAAUCCAAACAAAGAAAAAUCAUUGCACUUCCAGACCAAAAAAAAAAAAAAAAAAAAAAAAAAGAGGGUGCAGAACCUUGUUGUCAAUUGAGUAGGAAAGAGACAAUUACACAGGGAGGGGCUUGACAAAGGAGAGAAGAAAGAGAUCAGUGCACUAAGAAACAAUGUUGCUAGGUGCCCUUUACAGCUGUGUCUGCAGGGAAGACUGGAGAGACUGCAGCGGAAAAUGAGCUCAGGAAAAAAAAAGAAAAAAAAAAGCUUCGGCAGAGCAGGUAAGAGGAGGCUGUUCAGAUUUAUGGAUUUUAUUAAGCCAGUUUUCUGAAUCACUCUGCUAUAAAGGAAAAUAGCUUCUGCAGAGCUGUCUCCCCUCCUUCAGGUGAAGAACAAAGGCUAGGCGGAGCUAGGAACAGACGUGGGGGGGGGGGGGAGUCUGCAAGAUCAUUGUGUCUGCAGCCCAGGUGCUUUUGGGUACUGCACCACAGCACCUCAUCACGGUUUAUAUCAAAGAUAGGAAUCGAGAAUCAGUCCAUAUGAGGUUGCAGUGAGCCUGCAUCUGUUACCCUUCCAAACAAUAAAUAAACAGCCAGAAAAACGGAUCCCAGUCCAUCUACAGCAAGAAAUUUCAAGCAUGUACUUUAUGAUAAUACUGGAUCCCGGGUCUUUCAGAGACUGCCGGCAGCAACGAGACAGGGUCCCCUCCACCCUGAAUGUCGAUGCUUCAGAGUGCUGAGGGGGACAUAAUUUAUAGCACAAACCCUACAGCUUCCACUAAGGUUGAGUUUUCCUCUCCUCUUCUUGCCUUUUUAUUGGCUUUACUGCAUGGUUGCCAAUAGCAACAUCCACUGGUAGCAAAGGGAGUUCAACACCAUUGCAAUCUGCCAGACAGUAGAGGCCUGACAAUGUCAACCAUCAAUCAAAUAGCUGUUUGUAAUUGCUUCCAUCUAUUUCCCCUGUCUCAAGGUAUCUUUCCCAUUGUGGGUCAAGAUUCAGAAACUGCUGACUAAUGUCCCGGGUUGGUUCCUCCAUGACUAUGGAGAAGUUCAAGAGAGGGCGGUAGCCCACUUGAUGUCGAACCCUGGAGCUUAAAGGUUGGGAUUCUAGGGCUUGAAGGUAUUUUUAAAUCCCCUGCAAAGCAAUUUCUUUCCCAUGUACCUGAGUCAUGUCCGAUCUCUAUCCAAAGCACAGAGAGAGGGGACUUCCCAAGCCUUAUUUAGCACUGUUGUUUCUUGCUGAAGGAAGGCAUCUGAAAUAUGAGCCUUCUUCAAAAUAAGACUCGAACAGACAAGAUUGCCUCCUUCCUCGGGUCUUUAGGCAUGAACAGCUGAGAUGAGGCCAUCCUACUUUUGUAUGAGAUGUAUUUUUUCAGAAUGUUUAUUCGUACUGGUGAGUAUGUUGCUAAUCCGCACACAAGCUACCGCACAGCUGGAGAUCGUGGUGAGCAAGGGCGCCUGGGCGGCCAGCCAAGGGUGCCUACCAGUCCACAGCAGGGCAGGACUCCAUCCUAGCUGGCUGCCCAUGGGCCUCUCGUUUUGGGAUUCUGAACCUCUGCAGGUUUCUAUCUGUUAAAUAAAAGCACCAACUUUUAUUCAGUUUCUGCUUCAAAGGACCAAGCUAUGCUUUGCUUUGGAAAAUUCAUCCAGGGUCAUUUUCUUUCUACUUCUCAAAUAAAAUAGAAGCAAACCUGAGAGAGCCUGAGAGCCAUCUUCUCACUGAAAGAUGCAAAAAAAAAAAAAAAAAUGUAUGCAUAGAGGGAGCAGACACAGAACAACCUUCCUACAAAGUGUCUGAGCCUGCUUCUAAUGACCGUGAAUGAUGUAGCCAUCAGUACCUGCUUGUAACCGUGUUCUCUUAGUUCAUAAAGAACCGUUUUCAGUUAUCUCACAGCAUUGCAUCCGUAUGGGAAUCAUUAGUUUAGAAGGGAAUUUAUAAAGAGAACCAAGAAAAGUAAAAAUGGCACAUGCACUUCCUGUUUCUGAAACCUGAAGGCCUACAUGCUUCCCAGGACUUCGGGUUUGCAAGUAUCUUGGAUUUAAAACGAUCUUAGAAUUUUUUUUUUAUUAGUGCAAUGACAGUAAUAUGUUUCUGGAAUUCCACUGCCUUCUCUGUAUGUCAGAGUUUCGCUUAUUUUAGUCAAGUCAUUAGGCUGACUUUACUCAAUCUACUUUGUAGAACAAUUAUUUUUAAAACCCAGUUCUCUUGCUGACCCUGGUGAGUUACAGAAAGGCACACACACACACACACACUAAUCAUCGUUUAUAGUAAUAGAAACAAUGCAACCAAAAUCUAAAUAUGUUUGGAAUAAAUCCAAAUAUAAAGAAAAAUGCAUUGGCAUGGGCCCGGGGAAGACAAAAAGAUUAACAACAGUAACUGAAUGUAACCUAAUUUGGGACCUUAAGAGCUCUGUCACGCCUCCUUUAGUGAAUUCUGAAUGUUUCAUAGCAGCAAACUGGGACUGUUUUUCUGCCAUGUGCUGUCAAGAGCUCCCACACCCCAAUUAUACUAGGAGUUUAGAGGUUAAGUCUGGCUAUUAGUGGCCAAAGUAUCACACACUUCCUAAGUCAGCAGCUCUCAACCUGUGUGUGGAGAUCCCUUUGGGGGUCACACAUCAGGCGUCCUACAUAGCAGAUAUAUAUUUACAUUAAAAUUCAUAGCAGGAGAAAGUUACAAUGCUGAAGUGGCAAUGAGGGUAAUUGUAUGGUUGGGGGCCACGACACCAUGAGGAACUGUGUUAAAGGGUCGCAGCGUUAGUAAGGUUGAGAGCCACUGCGCUAACUGAACAAUAACUAGAACACAAACAGAAAUAAACCAGGCUGUGUCUGGAGAAUUUCAUGGGGGGGGAGGGGGGGCAUUAGAUUUAGCAGCACCCAGUGCUGUGUUCUCCUUGUCCAUGCACCCCUGCCCCUGCCUAGUGAUUUGGGGUUGUACAGACUUUGAUUUUUGAAUGUCCUUGCAUGUCUGUGCAUCUCUCAGCAGCACUAAGGGCAAACUGUUCAUCUGUGUCAGUCUGUACCAACCAAUGUCUCUCAAUGUACACUCUGCUGCAAAAGUGUUCUAUGAAGUAAAUUAACUAUUUGCUAAAAAAAAAAAAAAAAAAAAAAAAAAAAAAAACCCAAGUGUGUUCUUUGAGACCAUCGUUUGGGUGAGUUCCCUUCUGUGUCUAUGUGUGUGUUAGAGUGCUCAUUUUUCUUUUGCUCUAGCGUAGAUUUAGAUGAGAUCAUAUUUACAGCAGUUUUAAAGCAUAGCGCAAGUGUGGAGAUAGUAGUCUAGUUAUUGAGUCUCGUUCCCUCGGAGGGCUGUUACUUUUGCUAUUUUCUUUUGAUUUACAACAGUUUAAAAAGGAUUCCCUACUGACUUGCUUCCUAAUUACUGUUGCUUUACACAGAAGAAGGAGAAGACGCGCUCCUCUGUUUGUGUCCUUUCCAGGCUAAUCAUUGUAGGAACACUUGGUUUAAUGCUGCUUGUCCAUUUCAGAAGCAACUACACGUGGCUUUGAAACGGGCUACUUAAAAAAAAAAAAAAAAAAAAAAAAGAGACUUCUUGUUUUUAAUAAAAUGCUUAAUGGUUAACUAA